ACGAAGCUAAUGGGAAGAAAAAACAACUGAGAAUCAAAAUCACAAGGAAAUAAUGUUUGAAUUCGCUGCUAGAGUUAGGCAGAAAUUGCAGAAGCGAGGCGAAGAGUUGAUUGGCGGAGUCGAAAAAUGGGGUUUUAAGGUAUGGUUGUACAAUAGGACACCUUCCAUUGAUAGAUUGUCGGAAUGUCUCAUUCACAAAAUACUCUGUUUUCUUAGUUUUAAAGAAGCAACUCGGAUGAGCAUUCUUUCGAAAACAUGGCUGCAAGCUUGGUCGAAUCUUCCAAACUUGGAUUUCACAAUUGAUUAUUUAAAAGACAAUGAUAUGAAAAUAGUUGACGAUAUCAUGAGGAGAUAUUGGGACGGAAAAAUCCCUAUCCAAAAGUUUGAAUUAUCAGUUGAAACGUUCAUUGAAAAUUCUCAUGAAGUUUUACUUGUCCCUAUGAUUGAUAAGUGGCUUGGCGUUGUACUUAGAAAUGGUGUAAAACACCUUACCAUAUCAUCAUACCCCUUGUUUAUUUUCGCAAUCUUGGCCGUAAACUCUGUCAGAAAAUUAGUGCUGGAAUAUUGUACUCUUUUGCCUAGUGUGGUUGUUGUGAAUUGCAAUUCUUUGAGAAAACUUUCUCUAUCUUAUCUAACAUGUGACGAAAACAUGCUUCAGACUCUACUUAGUAGUUGUCCGUUGAUUGAAUCUUUCACCUUUGACUGUUGUUGGGGCUUGGAAACAAUGAAUACUCAAAAGAUUAAGUCGGUUUCCCUGAAGUUUUUGAAGAUUCAGAAUUGUGGAGGAAUAUGGGAGAUUGAUGCACCAAACUUAGUAUCACUUAAGUAUGCCUGGAAAGACAUUCCUCAAAUUAAAAUUGUGAGUGAGUCAACUCAACUAAAGUACUCAAGAAUCGUUUUCAAACUCUCAGAGAGUGACAAUGUAUAUGCAGCAUGGUUUUGUAAGUUGAGGAAGUUCCUAUCAAAUUCGAUCUCUUGGUCUGAAGUUCGCACUGUAUCCUAUAGAGCCAGCGACAUCAACAUUCAAAAUUUGCAGGUGGACCAUAAUGAUUCUAAUCCGCAUGUGAACGUUUUAGAUGUCACCAUUAUAUGGAAUAAUAGGGAGAGCUCAACAUUUGUGGAUGCAUUGGUAUGGAGUUGUCAGCCUAGGAGACUCGACGUGUUUUCAACAAGUGAAAAGGUCACAUUUUUCAUUGAUCAUUUGAUGUAUAUGAAGAAUUCGAGUCAUGGAAGCACACCUCUUGUUAGUCAAUUAAAAGGAGUAAAAGUCUACAAAUUUUACUUGAAGAAGGGGAGUUGGCAGCCUGUGGAACACAAAAGUGGUGAGCUGGUAACAACCAACUCUGAUAUAUGGGUUUGGUGUUAUUUUUUAUUAGAUUGGUGAUGCAGUUUAUUCUAUUAAAAAUUGAAAAAUUGCACUUUUAUUCUAUUCAAAUUUAAGAUUUUGCACAA